AUGGAUCACCACAAUAGCCAGUGCCCCCCACGCCAAUGCCCCUACUGCCGGGCACAUCUCUCGCCUCAAAAGCUGCACCAGUGUCAACAUGUUGAGAAAAGGAUCAGCAGCACCUCGGCGACUAGAACGCUCCAACAGCUGCUGCUCACCCCGACCUGGGACCCUUCUCUGAUUAAAGCGUUUCAGAAACUUGAGCGAGAAAAGGAGAAAGAGGUGCAACUCUCCAAACGACGACGACCGCUACCAUCUUCUUUUUUAUCUGCAGCAUCACCAUCACCAUCCUCUUCAGCAUCCUCAAUAUCACCUCUACCAUUUUCACCCUCAUUAUCAUCAGCAUCAACGGCCAAAUCUUCACUUCAGUGUCCCUACUGCGGAGAACCUUGCGUUCCCAAUUUGAUGCACUACUGCAUGCACAUUGAGCCGCUGGUGACCCCGAGAUCAAAUCAACCGACGCCAGAAACUGUCAUCGCCAACUUUAAUCGAAAGCAAACGUACAUCAAGUCGGUGAAGAAGGCCGCAGGAAAGCCACCGACUACUACCGCCAGAAACAACUGCCCUGCAUUGUCUGCCAGUGCCGAUGAUGGUGAAACAAACGAUUCUUUAACGAUUCCUCCUUUUCCUAAGCAAUGUCCCUACUGCCUGGAACACUUCUCGCAAGAAGAAAUGCACCAGUGCAAGCACUUUGAGGUGAAAGCGAUAAGGAAAAGGCUGACACAGGCAAUGCUUCCAAAUGAGGGGGCUAACAUGUCAAAAAACAACAACAACGACAACAAAACAGCAACCACUUAUGAAGCGUGCCAGAAAAGGAGAGCUGAUCUUGAAGGUGGUCAGCUACUUGAUCAGUACUUGAAGCCUCGUCCUGCCAAUAUUGCUCGGGCUGGUGCUCGCAGAUCGCCUCCCAAUGGCUCCAAACUUUACCGAUGCGACUUCUGCACCAAAAGCGACUUUGUCGACUUUGCCCACUACAUGGGCCACCGAUUGGUGCAUAUCAGCGAGCGGCCGCAUCAGUGCGACCAGUGCUCGAGUGCCUUUGCGCGCCGUUCCACGCUGAUAAGGCACAUCAAGGAGUCGCAUUCUUCCUCCUUCUCCUCUUUAAACUCUCAUUCACCCGCCACUUUUUCCGCCCAACUACAAACGCCCAACCAGUGCCAACAGCAGCAGGAGCAACAGCAGCAACAACAACAGCAGCAGUCAGAAUCAGAAUUCGAAACAGAAGCAGAACUAGAUCCAGGCAUAAGCUCAGGCCCAGAACCAUAUUUAGAAUUAAGAAUAAAACAAGAAUCAGAUACUGAACCAGAAACUGAACUGACUGCUACUGAACCGAAGGAACUAAAUCCACUCAAACAGGCCCAGGCACAACUCCCAAUCCUUCUGAAUCGCAAUGAUCAGAACAGUGCGCCUCAGAACACUACUGCUGCCAAUGAUGACUACUACGUCGACACUGUCAAUCAACAAGUGAUUCGCAAUCAUCAUCAUCAUCAUCAUCAUCAGGUGUUUGCUGAACAUGAUCAACGAGCUCUUCGAACUGAGGCACUUGAUCACAAGGCUCAGACAGCACCGAGGGACGUCCGCAACACCGAGCCACGUGAGCCACGUCGACCACAGCCGCAGAUCACCACUGUUGACUACGCCAACUUUGUCAAUGAGCAGCUUCGCAUUCCUCAUCAGAUGCUUGCUGAUCUAGAUCGGCCAGUGGCUGGAACUUCGGCGAUUCUUCGUCAUGGCGGCUCGGGAUCCGCAGCAGCAG